UAGCUCAUAAAUCACAGCUAAAGCACAAUUUAAGUAAGCAAAAACCAAGAAAGAAAGAAAGAAUGAAGCCAAUUACCAGUCUCAUUCUUUCAUUUCUGUUGUUAAUAAUAUUUCUUGGGUUCUCUCGGAGGGCCCACGCUGCCGGUGGCAAUUGGCAAGUGUUGGCAACCAUUGGCGUUUCCGCCAUGCACAUGCAGCUCUUAAAAAAUGACCGCAUUGUCCUGUUCGACCGCACAGACUUCGGCACAUCCAACUUGUCCUUGCCCAACGGUAAUUGCGUCAAUAACGACUGCACUGCCCACUCUGCCGAGUUCGUCGUCCAGACCAAAGCCUUCCGCCCCCUCACGGUCCUAUCCGACGUCUGGUGCUCCUCCGGCUCCAUGGCCCCCAACGGCAACUUAAUCCAAACCGGUGGCUUCAAUAGUGGAGAACGCCGCGUUAGAGUUUUCCAACCCUGCACGGGUUGUGAUUGGACGGAGGUUGUGGAUGGCUUGGCCGUUCGCCGUUGGUACGCCACCAAUCAUGUUCUGCCCGAUGGACGCGAGAUUAUCAUCGGCGGCCGGGGGCAAUUCAACUAUGAAUUUUAUCCGAAGACCGAGUCUACAAGCAAUGUCUAUAGCUUGCCGUUCCUUUCGCAGACCAAUGACCCCGGCCAAGAAAACAAUCUAUACCCUUUUGUUUUUCUCAACCCUGAUGGCAACUUAUUUAUUUUCGCUAACAAUCGAGCUAUUUUGUUGGAUUACGUGAAGAACGUUGUCGUUAAAACCUACCCGCAAAUACCCGGAGGCGACCCGAGGUCGUAA